AUGAUGGCGCUCUCCCAGCCGGCCUGUUUUGCCUCCACAGGGGUGACCUGGGCCAUCAAGAUCACCCGCCUGGAGGUGCCGACGCCGCUUGCUGUGGGUGACGGCGGCUGGCUGGAGUGCGAGUGGAAGGACGAGGGCGACCACGUGUACGCCCUCAAAUGGUACGUCAGUGGCGAGGAGUUUUACCGCUGGACACCCCUGGAGACCCCCGCCAUCAAGACUUUCCCUUCGCCGCACUUUGAGGUGGACAGCCGCGACUCACACCGAGGGCGCGUCCGGAUACGCAAUGUGACGGUGAGCGCCGGAGGGAAGUACCGCUGCGAGAUAUCAGGAGAGGCACCCAAGUUCAAGACGUCCUUCGCCACCGCGGACAUGACAGUCGUGGACCUACCUGACAGCCGCCCCCGGAUCGAGGGCAACGAGGCGAUCCCCUACCAGUUGCACCAGACCAUCACCAUCAACUGCUCCUCCCACGAUGCCCUGCCAGCUCCCAGCCUCACCUUCUACAUCAAUGACCAGCCUGUUGACCCGGAGUGGGAGGACCUCAACCAGGUGCUAGUCAACGAGACUUCGGGGCUCGAGACAAGUCACAAGAGUUUGCACUUCAGGCUGCAGCCCAGUAUGGUGCCACUGGGGCUGCUGCAGGUGAAGUGUGUGGCGUCGUACCCCCAGCUGUACUGGGAGAGCAGCGAGAAGACCUUCAGAGUCCUGGCGGGGCAGAGCUCAGGCCUCCCACUCGGCUCCCAAGGGUUUGUGCUGCAGGGCGAAGCAAGGCGUUCCGAGGCUAGCAUGCACUUCCUUUCCGUACUCCUCCUCGCCCCACUUAUCAUGCGGUAGCCGGGUGACCUCAGUACUCUUUUUCCUUCCUUCUUCCCUAACCUAGUUCCCCUAUUUAUUUCUUAUUAGAUCAUUGUUUUACCUCCGGUUUCUUUGCCCCUUAUCUAUCGGUCUUAACUCUAACCCUCACGUUCCCUGUAGUAGUUAUUGCACUCCUAACUAACAUCUCUUCUUAGCCAUGUCCAAACAGUUUUGCAUCCUGGUGGUUUUCGGAUUCACGUUUGAUAUCUUGUAAGAAAUAGUAUUAGGUCACAGGCUGCGUUUGAUAAUCUAAAGUAAUAACUAUUAUGGAAGAGAUUGCAUUCUGGAAAGUUGAGUCUUAACUUUAACGUGUAAAAACAAAUAGCAGGCGUGUUUGUGUGUAAAACCAUGUGUGUAUCGACGUUUCCGGUUCCCGUGCUCGAUAUGGUAUUCAAACCUCGUUACUUUUUUUGCCACAUUAAUGAAUAGUCUGAUACACCAAAGCGUUCCACCCAACGUAUGUUCCUGCACGACUUUAGGCUGCCUCCCACGAUUCACUUGUUACUGCAUCAGCAAAAAAUUGCAAAGAGAACUGCGGACUGUCCUGCUGGCUCAUCAUCACUGUCUUCAUCGCCAUUGUCAUCAUCGUCAUUAUCGUCAUCACCAUCAAACCUUUAUCUUCGUCAUCAUCAGCAUCAUGUACGACGGGACUCGAGCCCCGAGAGCAGCAGGUGGUUGGUCAGCCUGAAGCCGCCUUGUUAAUGUGAUGGGCAUCGUUGUGUGUCCAGUGUUCUGACGGAAUUGUGUCGAUUAUUAAUUUCGUUUUAUUUGUAUUAGGCUAAAUUUGCCAAUUUGUACGUACCCUUCCAAUUUGUACCCCAAAGAAAUAAAAUCCUCUGGAAAAGGAAGCUGAGGCAUAAAAUAUAAACUAUUGUCGAAUGAUGAAUGUUAAUGAACCGUUAUAAUGACAGUGCUGAAGUUCAUUUUAUGCCUCAGCUCAACCCUCAAACAUUUCUUUCCUGCAGUGAGUGCUAAUCGGAAUGGUGCGUACAUAUUGGAGGACACGCCCUAGUUAGGUGACUGGAUAACCUGAUUCUUUUUAACUGGCGUGUGGGUGAUUUAGUGUUUGUUUAGUUUGCUUAUGAAGCAUAAACGACUGAUUACGCAGUUAUGAGUAUGGUGAGGAAUGUGUUGCGUUACGGGUGCUACGACCCAAUAAGAGACAAUGUGUAGGACGUGAGAUGAAAAAACUGACUCUUCAGACCCAACUUUGUGUGUGGAUAGUAAUUUUUCGUGUCUUCAUGGUUGCAGUGGAAGCCAUGUCCGUGUUCGCUAAUCUUUUCACGAGGAGAGUCCAGAGGAGAGAGAGGGGCGUUAAUAUAUUCAUCAGCUUGCCUUACUUUUCUCACCCUGUCCUUACCCGCUGUGCACGCGUUAUCUAUUGCUUCACCCUUUCAUGUAAAAGAUGGUGCUGAUAACGCUCUCGCCAGUUGGCCCUUAUCCAGAGGAACAGAAAAUGAGUAGUUCAGUGCUGAAAACAGCAAGGACAACCCUUUGAAAGUACAAGAUAUAUAGGGAUAAGAUAGCCUUGGAGAUGCAUGUUUUGUGUACCAUGACCUAAAUGAAGGAAGUCACGUUUCCUUCAGCACAGGGUAUCUAAUGUAAUGCCUGGAACAGUUUGCUGCUGGGAGAACCGUAGCGGUAGCUUUUGGUUGCAUUUUGCUGUGUAGGUUUUCAAUUGUGUGACUUUCCAUUGGGUUAAUAGUGUGAGGCAUUUGUCAACAUGGUCUUUGUGUCACCACUGUUAAAGGAUAACUUUUAAAUUACCCUUGAUCAUUGGUGUUGGUGGAUGUUUGUGGUGUGAAACGUUCUUUUCUGAAAUCUACUGUCAGACAUUGUACAGUUUUAUUAUUUGAUAAUAUGUUCUGUUUGCCCUUGCCUAUGUGUGUGUGUGUGUGUGUGUGUGUGUGUGUGUGUGU